AUGACGCACGGAGUAUUCUUUACACCAAAUGCCUCUUUGGGGGAAACACAGUGUACGCGGUACGCAGCGGUGCAUCAGAGUCGUAUAAAAGCUCUUCACGUGACGAGUGUUCGGCGUUAUCCCGAUCCACCCACUCUACCGCUUCCCUCGAACGUUUCUGAAAUAUUUGCAAAUGAGACUGGUCGCUUUACUCCUGAAAGAUCACGAGAUAUCGCCGCACCGGUACUAAUCUAUGGCAAGAAUGCUGAUUGCAGAACGUUCUUCUCGGAACAAUUAACAAAAACAACCGCCGAACAUGCUAGCAUCCCAACAACCUGUAGCGACUCACACGUAGACUCGUACGAUUGCUUUGGCGCGGUUAGUUUAAAUGGCACGAUGCAAAGUAACGUACCAAAACCGUUUUCCUCCAGUGGAAAGUCUACACAUUUAAACAUGCCAGGUGGCCAGUGGGCCAGAGAUGGAAAAUAUAUUGCCGAGGACAUGCAGAAGUCUCAUUACCGAAGUGUUUGUUUACCAAAAUUACAGGCGGACACAAGUGGUCCCGCAAGUCAGGUCACCGCAACGACCACAUUUUUGCGAAAAUUGUAUCAACCAAAUUAUAUCUUCAAUAUGAGGUUUUCAACACGUACGUCUGAACAGCUGCAAAGUACAAAGGAAGGUACCGGUAAAGAAAAACAAGCUGUAGAUUUAUCAAAGAAAGAAAAAUUUAAAAUUUUGAUAAAGGAUUACGGAAGGACUGUUAUUGUGUUUCACAUAGGCAUCUCGUUGAUAUCUCUUGGUGCAUGUUAUACAGCUGUAAUUAGUGGACUAGACUUAACACCUCUUGCGAAAUAUUUUGUCGAGGGAAAUGAGCAACUGGAAAAAGUAUUAAGUAAUUCGUCGAGCUUCUUGUUGGCAUACACCGUUCACAAGCUUUUGGCGCCCAUACGAAUAUCGAUCACAUUAGCGGUAACACCGUUUCUCGUAAAAAAAUUACGAAAAAUGGGGAUUCUUAAAUCGCCGAAGAUAAAAGCAACGGAAUCCAGUUGAACUAUUCGUUACAAUUGUUACUAAUAUUCUGUUACACAGUUUAUACUGUACAUUCAUCUUAUAAUUAUGUAUUUGUAAACGAACAUAAUUCGAUUAAAUAAAUAUACCAUGUAU